UACCUCGCGAGUACGGACCUCAUAAGAUGGCGGUUGGGUCGCCUCCCCACGGCGGUGCCGCCACUCUCAACAUGGUAGCUGUUUACCCCGUAUUUCUCCAGCCCUCUCCGCCCCAACUUCCUCGUUGUUUUGAAUAAACUUUAUUGACUACUCCGAAUUGCCUACCACCGCCACUGAGCAUCUCCCAGCGACUUUCCGGACUGCUUUUCUCCAACCCGGCCGCCGGUUCGUCUCUUUCUUCGUUGGUUUGCCCGCGGCGAUCUCCUGCCAGCCCAGCGACGCCGCCGCUAGCCCGUUCAUUGGGCGGCCGCCGGACUAGGCCCGAGCCGAGGGCUCCAGUAGGCCCUAACGGCCGGGCCCGAGGCAGAGCUGUGGAGAAAGCUGCCCUGAAGCACCGCCGGGCGGCCAGCGAGACCCAGCGGGUGGUUCGAGGCCUUGGUCCAGAGGGGACGCGUGCUGCCGCCUCCUGCUCCUUUUGAAGCUAAGAACCUGGCCCACUGCAGAACACUCCAAGGCCUGGUGAAGAUGGCUUCAGUACCAGUGUAUUGCCUCUGUCGGCUGCCUUACGAUGUGACCCGCUUCAUGAUCGAGUGUGACAUGUGCCAGGACUGGUUUCAUGGCAGUUGUGUUGGUGUUGAAGAGGAGAAGGCUGCUGACAUUGACCUCUACCACUGCCCCAAUUGUGAGGUCUUACAUGGGCCCUCCAUUAUGAAAAAACGCCGUGUAUCUUCAAAAGGCCAUGAUACACACAAGGGGAAGCCAGUGAAGACGGGAAGCCCUACAUUCAUUCGAGAGCUCCGGAGUAGGACCUUUGACAGUUCAGAUGAAGUGAUUCUGAAGCCCACUGGAAGUCAGCUGACUGUGGAAUUCCUGGAAGAGAAUAGCUUCAGUGUGCCCAUCCUGGUCUUGAAGAAAGAUGGAUUGGGGAUGACGUUGCCCUCACCAUCAUUCACUGUGAGGGAUGUGGAACACUAUGUUGGUUCUGACAAAGAAAUUGAUGUGAUUGAUGUGGCCCGCCAGGCCGACUGCAAGAUGAAGCUUGGUGAUUUUGUGAAAUAUUAUUAUAGCGGGAAGAGGGAGAAAGUCCUCAAUGUUAUUAGUUUGGAAUUCUCUGAUACCAGGCUUUCUAACCUUGUGGAGACACCCAAGAUUGUUCGGAAGCUCUCAUGGGUGGAGAACUUGUGGCCAGAGGAGUGUAUCUUUGAGAGGCCCAAUGUGCAGAAGUACUGCCUCAUGAGCGUGCGGGAUAGCUAUACAGACUUUCACAUUGACUUUGGUGGCACCUCGGUCUGGUACCAUGUGCUCAAGGGUGAGAAGAUCUUCUACCUGAUCCGUCCAACAAAUGCCAACCUGACUCUCUUUGAGUGCUGGAGCAGCUCCUCUAACCAGAAUGAGAUGUUCUUUGGGGACCAGGUGGACAAGUGCUACAAGUGUUCUGUGAAGCAAGGACAGACACUUUUCAUUCCUACAGGAUGGAUUCAUGCUGUGCUGACCCCCGUGGACUGCCUUGCCUUUGGAGGGAAUUUCUUACACAGCCUUAAUAUUGAAAUGCAACUCAAAGCCUAUGAGAUUGAGAAGCGGUUGAGCACAGCAGACCUCUUCAAGUUCCCCAACUUUGAGACCAUCUGUUGGUAUGUGGGAAAGCACAUCCUGGACAUUUUUCGAGGUUUGCGAGAAAACAGGAGACACCCUGCCUCCUACCUGGUCCAUGGUGGUAAAGCCCUGAACUUGGCCUUUAGAGCCUGGACAAAGAAAGAAGCUCUGCCAGACCACGAGGAUGAAAUCCCGGAGACAGUGAGGACUGUUCAGCUCAUUAAAGAUCUGGCUAGGGAGAUCCGCCUGGUGGAAGAUAUCUUCCAACAGAACGUUGGGAAGACGAGCAAUAUCUUUGGGCUGCAGAGGAUCUUCCCAGCCGGCUCCAUUCCCUUAACCAGGCCAGCCCAUUCCACUUCAGUAUCCAUGUCCAGGCUGUCACUGCCCUCCAAAAGUGGUUCAAAGAAGAAAGGCCUGAAGCCCAAGGAAUUCUUCAAGAAGGCAGAGCGAAAGGGCAAGGAGAGCUCAGCCUUGGGGCCUGCUGGCCAAUUGAGCUAUAAUCUCAUGGAUACAUACAGUCAUCAGGCACUGAAGACAGGCUCUUCCCAGAAAGCAAAGUUCAACAUCACUGGCACCUGCUUGAAUGACUCAGAUGAUGACUCGCCAGACUUGGACCUUGAUGGGAAUGAGGGCCCGCUGGCCCUAUUGAUGUCUAAUGGCAGUACCAAGAGGGUGAAGAACUUAUCCAAGUCUCGGCGAGCCAAGAUCGUGAAGAAGGCAGACAAGGCUAGGGUGGUGUCAGAACAGGUGAUGGAGGAUGAAUUGGACUUGGAUUCAGAUGAUGAACUGCAGAUUGAUGAGAGACUGGGAAAGGAGAAGGCGACCCUGAUAAUAAGACCAAAAUUUCCCCGAAAGUUGCCUCGUGCGAAGCCUUGCUCUGACCCCAAUCGAGUUCGUGAACCAGGAGAAGUUGAGUUUGACAUUGAGGAGGACUAUACAACAGAUGAGGACCUUGUAGAAGGGGUCGAAGGCAAGCUUGGAAAUGGGAGUGGAGCCGGUGGAAUUCUUGAUCUGCUCAAGGCCAGCAGGCAGGUGGGGGGACCUGACUAUGCUGCCCUCACCGAGGCUCCUGCCUCUCCCAGCACUCAGGAGGCUAUCCAAGGCAUGCUGUGCAUGGCCAACUUGCAGUCCUCAUCAUCCUCACCAGCUACCUCCAGCCUGCAGGCCUGGUGGACUGGGGGGCAGGACCGAAGCAGCACGAGCUCCAACAGUGGGCUAGGCACAGUGUCUAGCAGUCCUGCUUCCCAGCGCACCCCAGGGAAGCGCCCCAUCAAGCGGCCAGCCUACUGGAAAACCGAAAGCGAGGAGGAAGAGGAGAAUGCCAGUCUUGAUGAACAGGACAGCUUGGGAGCAUGCUUCAAGGAUGCAGAGUAUA